UUAAAACUAUUCUAAACAUUCAUAUAACGUUAAUGGACAAGUAUUUAAAUACUUCUUAUUGAAUAAAGCGCAUUAAUUAGCAAGGAAAAGCGUUUGCUCAAACUUUAAACAUGCUGUUCUAUUUACUUAGUGCUUUUGUGAUUUUUGGACUUGCGCAAGGUCAGGGUGGAUCAAACUGCCCACCAGUUUCGUCGCUGGAAUGUUUUUGUGAUCAGAACAACCCGGCAAGAUGUAACCGUCAAGGGUUUCUUAGAUUGACCGAUGGGACAUAUUGUACUGGUUGCAGAGUUAACUUGCCACAGAGUGAAAAUGGAAGAUGCCCAUCGUACCGCUGUCACAGAUUACGGGAAAGACUCGGAUGUGAGCUCCUACCGCAAUUUGCAAUCGUCGGGAUGAACUUAUGCCCAGCUUGCAGUGUUUUGUUCUGCCCAAACGACAUGCCGUUACCAACUGUUUCUCUUAGAUAAACAAUGUGAUGUAACAAACAUGGUUACAUUAAAUAACAGUAUUUUACAACUUUUAA